ACUGAACUUUACCUCCAUAAAUUAUAUAUCCUCUGCAGCUUUACACUCACUGGCUCGUUUGUCUCUUCAACACCAUUAGCAAAAUGAGAGUCCAACAGCUCUCUUACUUCACCUUUACUAUCUUCGCUUUACUAAUCCUCAGAGUUGCCUCAACUCAGCCUCCAUUCUCGUGUGAUCCAUCAAACCCAUCAACAGGCUCCUACCUUUUCUGCAAAACUACAUUACCCAUCAGCCAAAGAGUCAGAGACCUUGUUUCUAGGCUUACAUUAGACGAGAAGAUCUCUCAACUCGUUAGCUCAGCCCCAGCGAUUCCACGACUCGGUAUUCCGGCUUAUGAGUGGUGGUCCGAAGCAUUGCAUGGGGUUGCCAAUGUGGGUCGUGGCAUUCAUUUUCAGGGCAGUAUCCAGUCCGCAACUAGCUUUCCUCAGGUCAUUCUUACCGCCGCCUCUUUUGAUGCCUACCAAUGGUAUCGCAUAGGUCAGGUGAUUGGAAGAGAGGCGCGAGCAGUGUAUAAUGCAGGGCAAGCUACAGGGAUGACAUUUUGGGCACCAAAUAUUAACAUAUUUAGAGACCCUAGAUGGGGGAGAGGGCAAGAGACGCCUGGAGAGGAUCCUUUAGUGACAGGGAAAUAUGCAGUAUCAUAUGUUAGAGGAAUUCAGGGGGAUUCUUUUCAAGGAGGAAAGCUUGAAGGGCAUCUUCAAGCUUCUGCUUGUUGUAAGCAUUUCACUGCUUAUGAUUUAGACAAUUGGAAGGGUGUGAAUCGCUUUGUUUUUGAUGCUCGUGUAACUAUGCAAGACUUAGCAGACACAUAUCAGCCACCAUUCCAGAGUUGUGUUCAACAAGGAAAAGCUAGUGGGAUCAUGUGUGCUUACAACAGAGUUAAUGGAGUCCCAAGCUGUGCAGAUUACAAUCUCCUUUCCAAAACUGCUAGAGGGCAAUGGGGCUUUCAUGGGUAUAUCACAUCUGAUUGUGAUGCGGUCUCUAUCAUCUACAAUAAUCAAGGGUAUGCUAAGUCUCCAGAAGAUGCUGUGGUUGAUGUACUUAAAGCUGGCAUGGAUGUUAACUGCGGAUCAUACUUGCAAAAGCACACCAAAGCAGCUGUGCAGCAGAAAAAACUGCCUGAAUCUGCCAUAGACAGAGCCCUUCACAACCUCUUUUCUGUAAGAAUGAGGUUAGGACUUUUCAAUGGAAAUCCUAUGGAACAGCCUUUCAGCAACAUUGGUCCUGACCAAGUGUGCUCCCAGGAGCACCAGAUGCUAGCCCUUGAAGCUGCCCGCAAUGGCAUUGUCCUCUUGAAGAACUCUGCAAGACUCCUCCCCCUUUCGAAAUCCAAGACUAUUUCCCUUGCUGUAAUUGGCCCUAAUGCCGAUUCUGCACAAACACUUCUUGGAAACUAUGCAGGCCCUCCAUGCAAAUCUGUAACUCCAUUGCAAGCAUUGCAAUACUACAUUAAAAACACUAUUUAUGAUCCGGGUUGUGAUACAGUUCAAUGUACUUCAGCUUCCAUCGACAAGGCAGUUAACGUAUCAAAGGGCGUAGAUCAUGUGGUACUCAUAAUGGGUUUGGAUCAAACCCAGGAGAGGGAGGAGCUUGAUCGCACAGAUUUGGUGCUGCCUGGAAAGCAACAAGAACUCAUAACCAAUGUUGCAAAAUCUGCAAAGAACCCAAUUAUUCUAGUUCUUCUUUCCGGAGGUCCAAUUGAUGUUUCUUUUGCUAAAUAUGAUAAGAACAUUGGAAGCAUUUUGUGGGCUGGUUAUCCUGGUGAAGCUGGUGGGACUGCACUUGCAGAAAUUAUCUUUGGUGACCACAAUCCAGGCGGGAGAUUACCAAUGACCUGGUAUCCACAAGAAUUCGUCAAAGUACCAAUGACAGAUAUGAGGAUGAGGCCGGAUUCAUCUUCAGGCUAUCCUGGCCGGACAUAUAGAUUCUAUAAAGGCCGGAAUGUUUUCAACUUUGGUUAUGGCCUUAGUUAUUCAAAGUACUCUUAUGUGCUCAAGUCUGUCUCCCAAAAUAAACUCUACUUGAAUCAAUCUUCAACAAUGCGCAUAAUUGGUGACUCAGAUUCAGUUCGUACUGCAGUAGUUUCUGAUAUGAGAACAGAAUUCUGCGAGCAAAGCAAAUUCUUGGUUAGAGUUGGAGUGGAGAACCAAGGGGAAAUGGCAGGUAAGCAUCCAAUAUUGCUAUUUGUGAGACAUGCAAAACAUGGAAAUGGGAGGCCAAGAAAACAGUUGAUUGGAUUCAAAAGUGUAAUACUAAGUGCAGGGGAAAAAGCAGAAAUUGAAUUUGAACUAAGCCCUUGUGAGCAUUUCAGUAGAGCUAAUGAAGAUGGUCUUAUGGUGAUAGAGGAAGGAAGACAUUUCUUGGUUGUAGGAGGUGACAAGCAUCCAAUUUCCAUCAUAGUUUGAUAUGGAGAUUUGGCAUCACAAGUUUUGUGCUGUUGGUACCAUUAUAAGGAGCCCAUGAGCCCAGAAACUGGGGAAGGUGCCUCCUAGAAAAAAAUUAUGUAUUUAGAGUAUGUAAACGAAGCUUGAGGGUAAAUAGGUCUUUGAAUUCGGUUACCAUCUCAACUACUCGAACUAUUCUUACAAGCAGCCUAGUUCCAGAGUUAAGAAGCAUGUACAACGAGAAAGCUGUCUAUCACCUUGGGAGAUAAAAACAAUGGGGAGAUGGCUGGUAACGUAAGCAUCCAGCUGAGGUUCACGACUCUUUGUGCCGCUGUAGCAUAAAUUUAGCCGCCAUUACUGGGUUGCAGAUCUGAAUGUCUAUGCAAUAUUGUUGGAUCCAACAUCUUGAAUCUAAUAUUUUAAUUAAUGGUAUUAUGUUGAUUUAAAAUUUGAGACUCGUUAUCUUAAUUAAUAGUACUAAAAGAGUGAAACUGUAAUUUACGAAAACA